CAACGCUUGGAUCUUGUUUAAGAACUCUCGUUGAUAUAUCGAGAGAUUUACAUGAGACGCAGCGGUCAUGGCUACUCUCGAUACGCUGAAGCGCGCUCUUAGGCAGAUUGCCCCGACAUUCGCAUCUUCCAGAGACGGCAGAUUGUCAGAUGCCGACCACAAGGCUGGUCUUGAAAUUAUAAAGAAUGAAUCCGGGUCCCUCAUCUACCGGGAUUUCAUUAUACCCCAGCUUAAUCGACAACUUGAUUAUCUUCUGAAGUCACGUUCGGAUAUCUCGGUGCUUGAAGUUGGACCUGGUCCGAGAACUGUUUUCGCCGAUGUUCCCAUCUAUUUGAGAAGGGCGAUCAGGAAGUACGAUGCAUACGAACCAAACAAGCUGUUUUCUGCAAGCUUGACAGAAUGGAUCAACGCCGGCACAGAAGCGGAUCCAACUCUUCCUGCUUUGAAAAGCCCACCUUGCAUCCGACAGUCACCAUUCGAUCCGGAGAAUGAAGUUACCAAUUCAAGUGUAGAAGACACUGAGACGAUCAAACAAAAGUACGACAUAGUGGCCUUCUGCCACAGCUUAUACGGCUUGACACCAAAGAGAAGAUAUAUUGAGCGAGCUCUGGAUUUGCUUAUCACAGGACCGCAAGGGGGAAUAGUGGUUGUUUUUCAUCGCGAUGGUGUUUUAAAUUUCGAUGGCUUGGUGGCCCACCACAUGGCUUCUUUCCCAGAUGCAGUCUUGCGCGUGGCGGAUGACGAUAAAACACUGCGAUGCUUUACCACAUAUGUGACAGGCUUCGAUGUGCAGAGUGAAGCAAAUUGCCGGUUCAACAAAAUGCCAGACGAUGAACUCACUACCAAACGACUUUCAGUAUGUCGCGCCCUAGGCAGCCGUCAUGAAGAUCACCCAGGACUUCUCACAUUUAGUGCGCCGGACUCAAUGAUAGUCUUUAACCAACAUUCAACCACGUUACCAGAGCUCAUCGCCGAAGUCCCAAUCAGAGAAGACGCGCGGGUGAUCAAGAACCGGGAAGCGCGACGUCAACAUCCCGCUUGCACAUUUGGACCCACAGAGAUUGCACAAAUUCAACGAUGCGUAAAAUGGGCCAAAAAGUAUGGAUUCGGAUUGACGGUCCUCGGUGGAGGCCACAGCGACCACUGUGUCUUAUCAAAUGUCGUGUGCCUUGACAUGAGUUCUUUCGAUAAGGUACAUAUUGGAAGGAACGCGACGCACGGUGCCCUGAUUAUUGUGGACGCCGGAUGCAAUACGGGAGGCAUCGUUCGCGUAGCGACAGAAGCUGGACUUGCUUUGCCUCUGGGUGCUCGACCAAGCGUAGGCGCUGGACUGUGGCUACAAGGUGGUAUUGGGCACCAGGCAAGACUUCAUGGCCUUGCGUGCGAUUCUAUCAUAGGUGCCGUUAUGGUCAAUGUUGGUUCGGGAGAGCUUCUAUACGUCGGUUGUGUGCCGAGGGAAUAUCGUCCACCCAAUGCGCAUCGUCCAAAGAAUGAUCUCGAUUUGUUAUGGGCCAUCAGAGGCGCUGGUUCAAACGUCGGUAUUGUGCUCAACGUGGUUUUCCGUGCCCACGAAGCAUUAACCUUCGAAAUCCGACACUGGUCCUCGUCACUAAGCAACAACGAGAAGACACGGCUGAGGCUGAGCGAGGUUGAGAAGUCAGUCGACGUAGCGGUUCCAGGCAACUUGUCUGUAGAUGCAUUUCUAUACCACGACGAUGGACAACUGCAAAUUUGUGCGAGUUUGUAUCAAUGCUACCCACCUGGGUCACUCCAUCAGCCGAAUCUACACAUACCGACUCAAUUUCGUCAGGAUACCUGGAAUCUCGAUGAUAAAGUAAAAGGUGUUGACGGUAUUGGCCUUUUCGAUACUGAGUUAUACAUAUCUACGAUGCAUGGUGGGCAUGGUGGAGGAAAGACAUCGUCGUUCAAACGAUGCGUGUUCUUGAAAGGCUUGGGCAGAAACAAUGUUGCCGACUGCCUAGAAGCUAUCAUGAGGCGGGCACCGACACCACUUUGCUACAUCCAUCUGCUCCAAGGUGGCGGCGCAGUGCGAGAUAUUCCGGCGGAUGGAACAGCCUUUGGAUGUCGGGAUUGGGACUAUGCUUCCGUUCUCACCGGCGUCUGGCGUCGCGAUCAGGAUGGCAGCAAGUUUGCAAAUGCUGCAGUUCAAUGGGUUUACGACGCUGCCAAAGAGUUGAUAUCCUUGACGAACAAGCACGGUGAAGUAACGAUGGGAGCAUGUGUGGGAGUUUACGGGGCAGAUCUUGGGCCAGAUCCCCGCGAUGCAUCACUGGCACCGCACGCAUUUGGGGCAAACCGUGCGAAACUGGCAAACAUCAAACACCAAGUGGACCCUUAUAACAUCCUCAGAUACAGCUGUCCGAUUUCCACAGACAUCUCAACACCACUAAAGAUGCUGAAGUGCAUAUUCAUCAUCACGGGCGCAAGUUGUGCCGGAAAAGACCACUUCGCCAAAGUGUGUUGCCCAAUAUUUCUUCACCGCGGCUUCAAGACGAAAGUUUCCAGUAUCAGCGACGCCACUAAGAUAGAAUAUGCGGCGGCCACUGGCGCUGAUCUCGAUCUUCUACUCUACGAUCGACAGUACAAAGAGAACCAUCGUCCAGCCUUGACAUUCUUCUUCAAGGAGCAGGUUAUAAAGCAGCCCAAUCUACCAGUGCAGCAUUUCUUGUCACUUGUCGCCAAUGCUUCAGACCAGGAUGUCUUAUUCAUUACCGGGAUGAGGGAUGCUGCACCCGUUGCGUCAUACGCCCACCACGUCCCAUCAAUCAAGGUUGUUGAGAUUCAUAUCACAGCUGAUUGUCAAGUGCGACGCGACCGCGGGAGCACAACCGACCCUCAUCAAGAGAGCAACGGAGCAAGUGCUCCUGAAUCGAACCUGGCAGCCUCAGACCAUCGACCUACGUUUGUGUUCGAAGACAACAGCGAUGGUGACGCACAUAUUCAAGAAUUCGCAGAACAUCGCCUACUCCCACACCUGUGCGAUGGAAUCCAACAGCUUUCUCGUAUGAUUCACCACUUUCCUGGAUUUCCACGCCCCGAAGUCGACUUCUGCCACGUGCUCGGCAUCGCCCAGCAGCCGGGUGGACUGGAGCUCUGUACGGAGCUACUGCACAGCCACUUCUCUGAUGACUGGUCAAAGGUCGGUGCAAUCGUGUCCUGUGAAACGGGCGGCUUCAUCUUCGCGCCAACGUUGGCUGUGAAAGCCGGCGUGCCUAUGGUACCGGUUCGCGAGGCGAGCAAACUGCCACCGCCAACGGUGACCGUCAUGAAGCCAUCCUCACAUAUCUCGUCGCUAGUCGCUGAAAGCGGUGUUCCACGGACAGAGAUCGGGAUGUCGAGCGAUACGAUCCCGGCGGGCUCAAAGGUGGUCGUGGUCGACGACGUACUUGCGUCGGGAAUGACUCUAUACGCGGUGUUGCAACUACUCGUGAAAGCUGGGGUUCGCACUGAGGAUGUGAGCGUGUUGGUCGUAGCAGAGUUUCCGAUCCAUCGUGGUCGUGAGAUGUUGCACAAGAAGGGAUUCGGCAAAGUGGGCAUUCAAAGCCUGGUAGUCAUCGGUACCGUGUAGGGUAGAUUUGUCUUUCGAAGCUGGCGAUGCACGGCACAACCAUAAGUAGCCAUAUGAACAAUGGAUCAUUUCAGAUGCAGUCAUUUCCUUUGCGAUAGAUCAGGGCCUGAAAGCGCAAAGGCCAUAUGUAUCGCCCUGUUGCGGUAACAGAUUGUGUCCAUGCUUCCUACUCUGUAGAUUGUAUUAAUUAAG